CACUCUUAUUAUGAUUUACUUUUAGUGACCACCUGUCCAACCAUGCCACCAAUGAGCUAAGAUCAUCCUGUAAUACUAUUCUAUCCGACAUACUGUGUGUGGGUAUCCAAAUUUUUAUGUCAUCAGCGAAGAGUAGAACGGAUGAUUUUGCUACAGUCGGCAAUUCAUUUACAUAAAGUAAAAAGGAAAGAGGACCGAGGAUUGUAUCUUGGAGAACUCCACUUUUUACAGGAUUUAUUAGAAGCAUUCAACAAUAUAUUUGAAGAUAUGGUUUGUAUUCCGUGCAUCGUAAUACCAGUCAUAUUAUGGAUACUACAUCGGCUUUUAUAUCCUGUCAUGUACUACUUUUUUCCAAAAUUAAAACCCAUUCCACAGCCGACAGUUGAUGAAUCGGAACAAUUGGAUGAUAUUACAAAAGACGAUGUAACCGAUACUUGUCAGCCAUCAUCACCUUCAAAGUCUAAAUCCGACUGAUUUCUUUCUUGUUGCAUUCUGUAAAUUGACUUUUGAUCUUACUUGAAUAAUUUAAAGUUCUUGUUUAUAUAUAAAAAAG